CACCAAGAGUUUUAAACUUCGCAUGCGAACGAAGCCCUCUGGCCGGACAUGAUGCAGGAUGCCAAGGAGUCGCUGCGGGCCACGUUCCGCGCGGCGGAGGAGCUCAUCGAGAAGAAGAAGGUCCAGGUGGCUCUGGCGCAGGAGGAGACCGAGCGGGAGCGGCUCCAGCUGGAGCUGGAGUCACCUAUGGCACGAAAGGCGACCUGUUGGCGUGGAAAGGUGGAGCCGCAUCAAGUGGCAGCAGGAGGCCCUCGGCGCGGAGCGCCGCGCCUUGCAGCGGCUCAGGGCGCAGCUGGAGGCCCAGGAAGCGGAGGCCCAUCCAGUGGUCGAGGAGUACCAGACACAGGUGCGAGGCCGCCGAGGCGCCUGCUUCUCGGAGGAGCCCAGUGGGGUCUGGGGCUUUCUGGCUGCGGCAGCCACAGGAAGCUGGCUUGAGAGCUGCUCCUGUCCCAGUGGGGGCACCCGCCAGAGCCAACGCCAGUGCGCGGAGGCUCGGACCAGUUCCGCGCUGCCGGUGACCGGGAGCAUGGAGGAGCUCUACUUUGCGCCGCCUCCAAGGCUUUCCAAGGCGCCCUGCAUGCCCUCCAUCCGUGAGGAGGAGCUGCGGCCUCAGCUCGGAGCUUUGAGCUGUCGAGGAGCUUUCUUCUUUACCGGGGAGGGGGAUGCAUAUUCAGGGGCCAGAAUGGUGCCAUUGCCGGGGCUGCCCACGCUGCCUGGGUCCUUGCCGCCUAUGAGUGCGCCGCUACCGGGCAUGAUGACCAUGCCACCUCCUGGCACCAUGGUGUCCGUCGCCAUCGACGGAUUGCCAUUCCGGUAUCAGUUGACGGAGGCCGACCUCAAGGAGACCUUCGAGAGAUGGGGUCGGGUGCAACUGGUGCAGGUGUCGCGGGAGGGCAGGGAUGUGGGGACCGUGACCUUCGUGGACCAGGUCGACGCGCAGGAUGCGCAGAAGCAGCUCACGGGGCAGAGGUGUAGCUUCGACGGCGCCGAGGGCACUCUGGUGGUUGCCAUGGGGGGCCCCUUCCAGCUGGAUCUGCCCAGAGCAGCGCCAGGCGGGUGA